UAUUUUUUCUUUUCUUUUAAGUUCUAUUUUAGUUACUUCUGAAAAUGGCUAAAGAUAAAAAGAAUAAAACUACUGAAGGGUGUGCCGAGAAAGUUGAAGUAAAUUUGAAUUCUUCAGGGGUUAACAAAAAACCCCAAAAGAAAGAACAAAAAGGUCCUAAAGAGAGUAAGGUAAACGAAGCGCCAUCUCAAGGGAAAGAUAAGAACAUCAAUGCUGUACCAGCAACAGAUGCAGAGAAGAAGAAGAAGCAGCAGAAGAAGAAACCGAAUGGACUUAAUGCAGAAGACAGCAACAAACAAAAUCAUGUGGAAGGAAAUGUGAAAGCAACAAAACAAAAGAAAUCCGAAGAGAACGUGACUGGCGAGCUUACUAAAAAGAAAACACAGAAGCAGCAGAAAGAAGAAACAACUCCUACACCAAAGACUGGGCAAAACAAUGCUUUGAAAGAAAAUGGGAAAAAUAAGAAACAUAAUAUCAGUGGAGGAAUUGUGACAGAUGGAUCUGCUGGAGAAGAGCCUGUCAACAAGAAGAAAAAGCACAAGCACCAAAAAGAAGAAACAACAACUACAGCAAAAGCUGGGCAAAACAACACCUCAUCAGCUCCAAAAGAAAAUGGUAAAAAGAAGAAAUCCAAUAACAGCGGAGAAAAUUUGCCAAAUGGAUCUGCUGGAGAAGAUAGUGCAAAAAAGAGGAAACGCAAGAUCAGUGAAGAAAAUGUGAAAAGUGGUGAUGACAAGAAUAAAACCACCAAACCAAAAGGUGCACCAAGUGACAACUCUCCAGCAUCUCAAGAUAAAAAGAAGAAGUCUAAGAAAAAGAAGGGUUCGAAGGCUGAUGAUAAACCAAAAGAGGCGAUUUUAGGUGAAGAUGAAGCGACUACAGAGAAAAAGGCCAAGCAAUUCUUAAAUGUUUGGUACACAAAUAAGAGUGAAUGGAAUUUUGUAAAAGCACGUCAGAACUGGUUGGUUCAUCAUAUGUAUGAUCCUGAAAAGAUCCCUGACACAACAUUUCAAACUUUACUCAAGUAUCUUGCUGGCAUGAAAGGUCGUAGCCGAGAGGAAACUAAGAAGCAAGCACAGAGCUUGUUUGAUGCUGUUACCAAAGACAAAAACGCACUUCAUAAAAAAAUCAAGUUGUCUGGGGAACCCGGGCUUCUUCAACGAACCAGAGCUGAACAAGUCAUCCAAAUACUGUAGCAGUUCUUACAGUCAUAGGCAUUGUCAAAACAUUUGAUAUUUUUUUUGUCAUUUUUGUCUUUUGGCAAUUAAAAAGUAUGUUUUAAAAUACCUAUUAAAUGCAAA